AUGUUACAAAAUGUUAAUGAAACUCAAGAUUUAUUUGAUGAAAAAAUAAUUGAAGAAUCAUACGAAUCAAAUGAAAAUAAAACAAUAAUCGAAGAAUUAUGUGAAUUAUAUGAAAAUCAAAAAAUAAUUGAAGAAUCAUUUGAAUUAUAUGAUGAUAAAAAAAUAAUUGAAGAAUUAUGUGAAUUACAUGAAAAAGAAGUAUUUAAAGGAAGUUAUGAUUUUGAAUUUUUUAAUUCAAUAGAAAAAUAUUUGGAAA